AUGGCAGACAGUGCUCUCAAAUCUAGUGCAGAGGUUGCUGCUCAAGCUGUCAAUGUUCGUGCAGACCUGAAAACAUGGGAGAAGGCCUUCGCGUCAGCACAUGGAGGCAAGAAGGCCGGGCGCGAUGAUAUCAAACAGAAUCCGGAUAUCGCGGCGAAAUACAAGGAGUACAGUCGACUGAAAGCUCUCGAGGCCUCUCUAACUCGACGCGAAAACCGCCGACAGGAAACAACAGAAAGCCAGUCUAAGAAGCGGAAACAUGCAUCACCUCCCGGACCAGAUGGCGCAUAUUCCCAAACUACCCCGCGCAAGUCUUCUAAAGGGCUGUUUGCGACCCCGUCCAAUAACCGCACCAAAAUCCAUCCUGCGCAACUCGAUCCGUAUGAUUCGCCCUCUACCCUUCGCAGACUCUUCAGUCCUAGUACACAUCAGGCAGCAGUGUCACCAUUGAAAGCUGCAAUUGGCCCAACUCCCCAGCGAGAUGGAAAAACAUUGGGUCUUUUCGAUAUGCUCUCUGAGUCUGGAGGCAGUGGUGGAACACCCUCCGUAAAGAGGCAGACGAGUAACUUAGCAGCAGGAUUCAGAACUCCGUCCAAACGGAGGCCUGUUGCGACGAUUCCUGAAGAUCCAGAGGAGGAAACACAACAGGAAACACCCAGAUUGGCGCGCACUCCGGCCUCUGAGACUAAACAGUUUUAUCUUGCCAACCUGUUUGCCACGCCCACGACGAUGCGCUACGCUGCUAUGGUUGAAGCGGAAGACAAUGAAGAGGCACAGAAUAACCGAACGGCACGCCCGUCGGCAAUCUCACCACAGGCCGCUCACUCUGGCACACCCUCUUUUCUUCGUCGUUCGAAUUCUGGUCGUUAUCUUCCAUCCGAUGCAAACAAUAGUGGCCAAGGUCUCAGUCCGAUUGUCUCGCGCAAGCCACAACAAUUCGCCAGUAAGGGAUUGUCACAUCUGGUCCAGGGACUGCGGGAUAUGGAAGAGGACCGCAUGGAGGACGAUUGGGAAGUGAUGCGUGAGAUGGAGGAAGAGGCCGAAGCAGAAGAAGCAGCCAAGAACCAGGAAGAUGAAAGUCAAAAUCCGGAUGUCAACCGCAAGUACAAGAAGAAGGGCCAGAAGCGAACGACUCGGAGAGUGGUUAUGAGGCCGGUGAUCAACCAGCCGAAGCCCAAGGUACAGCCGGCUGUUAUCGAAGAGGAUGAAUUCUCAGGAGAUGAGGAUGAGUUGGCAGCGGUUCUUGAAACACAAAUUGCGCCGAAUGUCAAUGAUGCCAAUGAUGGCUGGGACGAUGUCCCCAGUGACAUUGAGAAUGCGGCAGAAGAAGCUGCAGCUGCAAACUUAUCAGAGCCUGAACUAGACACUGAAGCAGAAUUUGAUCCGGACUCAGAUGACGACCCUGAGUUCGGCGAGCGGCCGAAGCCUGUCGCCAGGACGAAGAGUUUCUCAGAGAGGAUCAAGGAGGCUAUAUCAUCUUCUGCUGCUGCAAACCCGAAGGAGCCAGGAUCUCUGGGGAAACCUCCGAAGACCGCUGCGCCCGAAGAAAAGAAACCUCGAGCAGCUCGAAAGAUCAAUCCUCAGGCUCAUGCAAACUUUAGAUCAUUGAAGAUUGGAAACAGAGGAGGUUCUCGGGGUAGAGGGGGACGCUUUCGUCGAAGAUAG